UUUGGUCGUUGUAUACGACAGCGUUAGGAUAUAUGACUCGAAUUUGACUUGAAAUGUGAUCCAAAUGAUACCCAGACAGAUUGAAUGCUUUAUUUUUCCUGCAUAAAAAAGCUCAUUUGCUAAUGUCUGGAAGUGCCACUGUCGCUCAGCGCCGCCACAUCGGACUCCAACAGUUAGAGGCCAUAGCUGCCACCACACGUGGCUUUCUGGGCCCCAACAAACGGCCCAAGUUCAUCCAGGAUGAAGACGCUGGGGAUGCGGUGUUGGUCAGCUCCUGUUCCCGUCUGCUUGAGCAUAUCGAGCUGGACGGCUCAGUCGGACAACUGCUACAAGAGAUGGUACAGGCACAGCAGAAGGUCUUCCACUCUGGGACGGGCGCGCUGAUGUUUCUGGCUGGAGCCUGGAGUAGAGUUGCUUUAGAGUGUCUAAACAGAGGAAUAACUGUGUUGGAUAUCAAAACAGCCAUGAGGAAAGGACUGGAGUUGUGUUUGGAGGUAUGCAAACAAUCGGCUGUAAGUGUGGAAGACGUUUCUUGCCAGAAACUAAAGGAGCGCAAACCUACUCCAGCUCUUAAAUCUGAAAUCCAGGACUCAGAGAUGCAGAACAUGGAUGUUAAACUCUCUCAGAAUCUCAGGUUGACACUCAAACACAGCAGACACUUUAAUUUACAGACUGAAAACACACAAACAGCUCUGAAUGACGUAAGUCGCAUAGCGCAAGCCGUCAGCCACGGAUGCGACUCCUCCAUGCGUUUAGUUUUAAAAGCAUGCAAGUUGCAAUCCAAAAUCGCAGAAGAUGCACAAAACAGAUCUUUGGAUAUUCAAAAGCUGGUCACGUGCCUCAUUCCAGGCCCGUCUGAGGAGAAAUCAUGUGUGUUACAUGGCUUUGUCACGUUGCUGUCAGUCGAACAGGCCUCUGUGGUUUGGCGCCUUCAAGGUCAGGCGUUAAAUAUCGCUUUGGUGAACGGCGAUUUGUGCGAGAAGUAUCUCCACGUGGGUUUCAACAGGCCUGCGAAUGUCGUGCACAUCACAGAUCGUGCUAACAUGUCAAGCGUGAGUCUGGAAGAGCGUUGGAUUGAGGAUGCAUUAAGAAAACUGCAUGAACUCGGCAUAGAUGUUGUGCUUGUGAGCGGCAGGGCUGGUGUGAAACUCAAAGACCAGGUUCUCGGGGCAAACGUCCUGGUUGUCGAAGGUGUUAAAAGCAGCGUUUUGAGUGACUUCAGCACACGCACAGGCGCCGUCGCGGUUUCAUACGUCACACAGAUUGACGAGAACUGCGUGGGACGGGGAGUUACAGUCAGUACAUGGAGAGAUUUCAGUGGAAAAAAUGAUUUAGUCGCGGUCAGCAUUGUGACUGCAAGCACGUCUCUGGUCACGGCGGUCAUAAGCAGCUCUGUAUCUGCUAAAGUACAAAGCUUGGAGGAUCAAUUCUGGAGCUGUGCUCAUCGGUUGCACCAAGCGCUCACAGAUGGGAAGUUGCUGCAUGGCGCAGGAACCACCGAACUCCUUUGCAUCCAGCAGCUUCAUCAGUCUAAACAGACAGAGAUGGAAAACCCACAGGAAAGUGUGGUGCUGGAGCUGAUGGCUGAAGCCUGGAUGGAUUACGUCUCCACUUUGAUGCUGAACAGCGGCUCGGUGGCGUCUAAAGCAGAGGCUUGGACGGCUAUUGCACAUCAGAUGAGACUUUAUAAAGAUGGAGAAGCCAUAUCACGGGAUGCAGAUGAGGCUGGUGUGUAUGAUAACGUGACAGUGAAGUCUGAAGCCUGGAGGAGAGCUCUUGAUCUGGUGUUUUUGGUGCUUCAGUCGGACACAGAGAUCAUUACAGGUGUCAGUGAAGGAGAAAAUGUUUACAGUGAGCUCAUGUAUCUUUGAUAUCUGAGGCGUAAUUACUUUUUCAAAAAGAAUUUAAAUCUUUUUUAUUUUCAUUAUUAUACUCUUUACUCUGAAGAUGCUUGAGGUCUUUUCUAUACAAGUAGGCUGGAAAUGUUUUACGUAAAAAUAUGCUCCAGUGCAUGACGUUAUGAGUGCGGUUCUGAAAAUCUGCGUAAUAUUUCAUGACCUGAAAAAAUGUAUGGAAAUGUUAAAGUAAAAUUUAAUAGAACAUGGAAGUUUUUUAGUAUUUACUAUUUGUCUGUUUUAUACAAAAAUACAUGCAAGUUGGAAAUGUAGAAAUGAUUAAGUCUAAUAUAUGAUUACAGAAAA